GCCGCCGCCGCCUCCCAACCCAGCAGCCGGCGACCGCGCGCACCCCGCAGUCCUGCCGCCGCACUCCUGCAGCCGGGCCCUGCUGACGGCAGGUUGCGGGGGCGGGAGGCACAGACUGGCAGGGUGACCCAGGGCAGGUCACCUCACCUCGCUGAGCAGGUGAACUCCGCGCUGAAUGAGCCUCCCCCACAACCGCCCUCCCAACUGACUGGAGGGACCCGUCGUGAGUGUGCAGGGGGCGAAUCAGCGCGGGAGGAGCGAGUCAGGGAGGGAAUAAAGGCUCAGUGACCGCCAGUUCUGCCCAGGAGCUCACCUGCUGCUCUGAGCCCCCGGCCACUGGCUUGUGCCUCCCCCAGGAUGGACAUACGGACCGUACUGCUCGUCCUGCAAGCCUCCUUGCUGCUCCCCCUGGCUGAUGGGGCCAGCCCAGUCCUGCGCUUUGUGGCUGUGGGUGACUGGGGAGGGGUCCCCAACGCCCCGUUCUACACAGCCCGGGAAAUGGCCAACGCUAAGGAGAUUGCCAGGACCACGCAGAUCCUCGGCACAGACUUCAUCCUGUCCCUGGGGGACAAUUUCUACUUCACUGGCGUGCAGGAUGCCAAUGACAAGAGGUUUCGGGAGACCUUCGAGGAUGUCUUCUCUGCCUCCUCUCUCCGCAACGUGCCCUGGUACGUGCUGGCUGGCAACCACGACCACCUGGGGAACGUCUCUGCGCAGAUCGCCUACUCCAGGGUGUCUCAGCGCUGGAACUUCCCCAGCCCUUACUACCGCCUGCGCUUCAAAGUCCCACGGUCCAACGUGUCCGUGGCCAUCUUCAUGCUGGACACGGUGACGCUGUGCGGCAACUCAGACGACUUCCUCAGCCAGCAGCCGGAGAGGCCCCGCAACGCGGCGCUGGCGCGCACACAGCUGUCCUGGCUCAAGAAGCAGCUGGCGGCCGCCAAGGAGGACUACGUGCUGGUGGCCGGCCACUACCCGGUGUGGUCCAUCGCGGAGCACGGGCCCACCCACUGCCUGGUCAAGCAGCUGAUGCCGCUGCUGGCCACGUACAAGGUCACUGCCUACCUGUGUGGCCAUGACCACAACCUGCAGUACCUGCAGGACGAGAACGGUGUGGGCUACGUGCUCAGUGGGGCAGGGAACUUCAUGGACCCCUCGAGAAAGCACAUGCGCAAGGUCCCCAACGGCUACCUGCGCUUCCACUAUGGGGCCGAGGACUCGCUGGGUGGCUUCGCCUACGUGGAGAUCAGCCCCAAAGAGAUGAGCGUCACAUACAUCGAAGCAUCGGGCAAGUCGCUCUUCAAGACCAGACUGCCGAGGCGGGCCAGGCCCGAGCACCCCCGCGUGCACCGCUCUCGGGCCUGAGGCAGGGGGCCUCUUGCUGGAGGUGGUCCUGCCGUGCCCGCGGGCCCGGGACACAGCGGCAGAGCAGAAGGAGAGCCACAGACGAGGAGCGGUGGUGCCAGGUGGCCCUUGUGGCAUAGAGGCCACGUGGGGAUGGGGACCAGCCUGAGUGCCGUGCCCCGUGGCCGAGCUUGUCCAACCUGAGCUCCAGGUGAUGGGGGGCUGGGGGGAGGCAGGGAGGGGAAGCUUUCUCCUGAACCGAGCACCUGUCACUGCUGAAUAUUCAAUAAAAGAAUAGUUGCAGAGGCU